UAGCUCUCUCGCGCCAUCCUGAGACCUACUGGGGCGUGGCUACGGGAACCGGGCCGGCCCAUUCCGAACCGCCGCUGGGACGUUCGCGGCGGUGGCGUCGAAGCAUGCACGCGGCAGGUUUGGCGGCGCCGGCGGGGACGCCCCGGCUGCCCUCAAAGCGGAGGGUCCCGGGAUCCCAGCCAAGCAUGGCAGAUCCCCACCAGUUUUUCGAUGACACAAGUUCAGCCCCGAGUCGGGGCUAUGGAGGUCAGCCGUCACCUGGUGGUAUGGGUUACUCCUCCCCUUCCGCCUCCCACGAGGCAGCCUUCCUGGCUGACCCCAUGUCCAACAUGGCAAUGGCCUACGGCAGCAGCCUGGCCGCUCAGGGCAAGCAGCUGGUAGACAAGAACAUCGACCGCUUCAUCCCCGUCACCAAGCUGAAGUAUUACUUUGCGGUGGACACCGUGUACGUGGGCAAGAAGCUGGGCCUGCUUGUCUUCCCCUACCUACACCAGGACUGGGAGGUGCAGUACCAGCAGGACACCCCAGUGGCCCCCAGAUUUGACAUCAACGCUCCGGACCUCUACAUUCCAGCCAUGGCUUUCAUCACCUACAUCCUGGUGGCCGGCCUUGCCCUGGGGACCCAGGACAGGUUCUCCCCAGACCUCCUGGGACUGCAGGCGAGCUCAGCACUGGCCUGGCUGACCCUGGAAGUUGUUGCCAUCCUGCUCAGUCUCUACCUGGUCACUGUCAACACGGACCUCACCACCAUUGAUCUGGUGGCCUUCUUGGGCUACAAAUAUGUCGGGAUGAUUGGUGGGGUCCUCGUGGGCCUGCUCUUUGGGAAGAUUGGCUACUACCUGGUGCUUGGCUGGUGCUGUGUGUCCAUCUUUGUGUUCAUGAUCCGGACGCUGCGGCUGAAGAUCCUAGCCCAGGCGGCUGCCGAAGGGGUGCCCGUACGCGGAGCGCGCAACCAGCUGCGCAUGUACCUGACCAUGGCGGUGGCGGCGGCGCAGCCGCUGCUCAUGUACUGGCUCACCUUUCACCUGGUGCGGUGAACGGCCGGCCCGGCCGCCAGCUGCCACAUUCAUCUCGCCCGACCCGGGCCCCUGCUCCCCAGGCCCGCGCCCCUCCCUCCCGGCCAAGGUGCUCUUGUCGCCAGCUGCACAACCUCAACAAUAAAUCUGAUGGGUUCA